CUGCUGCAUCACUUGUCGUGACGAGACGCGUCCACCGAAUGAAAGUGAAGCAUUAGAGUCAACAUAAAUACAAAAUGAAGGACGGCGACGAUCCGGGGAACGCCUUUGCGAUCCCAGAUCUAUGGGCAUCGUCGAAAUAUUUUCCAGAGUCCGGGGACUCGUACAGUUUCCUGUUCUCGCAACUUAAAGUCGACGAUAUCAGUGAGAAACUACCGGAACAGAGCCUCAGCCAUGGAGGAGGCAACUUCUUUGCCUUAGCCGAUUUUCCCUUCGAAAACCCAGAGCCUUCAAUCAUCUCCACCAGCACGCCGCCGCCUUUGAGUGAAAGGGGCGAGGAAAUAAACAAUGAAGCCGAUGACGGAUAUGUUGAUAUAUGGUCCUUUGCGCCCGAGGAGGAGCUGAAGAGCGCAAAUUAUCUCACAUGGGACGCAUUUGACGAGCAAAGGGAGGAGGCACCACAAACUUGCUACGUCUCGGAAGGAGGACCGCAACUAUUCGACGCCGCAGUCGCCGACGACACAAGCCCCCUCCAAAUCGACAACCAAGAUGCAGUUGUUGUCAGCGGUUCGACAUACGCAUCGUCGCUACUGGCAUUAGGCCUGGGCAGGGACUCAGUGCUAUUUACUUGGAACGAAGAGACAAAAGAGUUUGAAUGCACACUGAAAUCCGUCCGUACAUCCGGCUGCAGCACCGAGCUCACCCACGACGUCACAGCGCUCUUCCUCCGCUGCGGCAAUACCACCAAAGCCCUGCGCUCCUUCACCGACAAAGCCUACCUCAAACACCGCUCACCCGGCCGCAUCGCCCUGGCCGACGCCAUAGGAACCGUCCUCUCAACCCUCCAAUCGCACCUCAACAUCCCCGCCUCCUCCCUCCAAAGCAUCCUCAAACUACAAUCCCUCUUCCGGCCCGUCUCCCACCUCCUCACCAUCUUCCACGAGCUAAUCGUCGCCGCUGGAUCCGCCCAGAAUGACGAAGUAAUGCUCUCCAACCUCCUUCAAUUCAUUGAACAGACCGAGCACAGGACAGACUCCACACAGACUAUCCUCCUCGAAGUGCUUUCCCGCGUCUCCCGCCCGUUCUUAGACUUUGCGGGGGAAUGGCUCGGUAUCCAGCGCGAGACAGGUAUGCCCCUCGUCAAGGGGAGCGUGGGGAAGAGCUUUGUGAAGGCGGAGGAUAGGCUCUGGAUCGAUGAGCAGGGGAUGGAGAUCCGGACUCCUGACUUCGUGCUUGAUGAGGCGAGGGUCCCGUCGUUUAUGCCGGAGGGGGAUAUGCAGAUCUUAUUCGAGGCGGGGAGGAGUCUGAGAUUGUUGAGGGAGCAUCAGCCUGAACAUCCGUUGGCGAGGGGGGAUUUCGUCACCACCGCCGCUGCGAAGCCGGUGUUGGAGUGGGAGUUCUCGUGGCGGAAUAUCGAGGCGAUUGGGGAGAGGGCUAGGCAGUAUGAAAAGGACCUCACUGCUGCGAUAGAGAAAUACUCGACAUCUGGCACUACGACCUCGCCGCCAUGCCUCGCACCACCAGCAGAGGAAAAGGAAGAACUCAACCUCUUCGGCAAACCCGCUGAGGAAAUGCAAGCCCACCUCCUCGCCUCCCUCAACACCCUAACCACCCCACCUCUCACCCCGACUUCAACCCUCACCAACCUCCUCACAACCCACCUCACCACCGCUCCCACCUCAUCAAUUUCCGCCCUCACACCCCUCCCCCUCCCCCUCCCCCUAACCCCCCACCUCUCGCUCUCUCCCCUCCUAACCCCCCUCUCCACCCACCUCUCCCACGCCACCCUCUCCCUCCUCCUCCGCUCCAACCUCUCUACCCACCUCUCCCUGCACCGCUCCUUCUCCCUCCUCGGCUCUGGGGUAUUCGCGUCCCGUCUCGCGCACGCGCUGUUCGAUCCCGAUCUGGGGACUGCGGAGAGGCAGCGCGGGGUGGUGAGGGAGGGGGUUAUGGGGUUACGUCUCGGCGGGAGGGGAAGGUGGGGAGGGGGGUGCGGGGGGGAGGCGAGUUGGCCACCAGGUGGUUCAGAGUUACGCCUCGUUCUCUCCGGUGUCCUGAGCGAAAGUUACGCCGCCACUACGCCCCGCGCGCCUUCAAGGCCAUCUACAUCCUCCUCCUCACCAGCAUUUGAGAUAGGUGGAAGGGUGGGGACGUACACCGCACCGACUAUGCUACCAGGCGACCUCUCCUUCGGCGUCCGCCACAUGACCUCCGCCGAGAUCGGAGCCUGUCUCGACCCCUCCUCGCUCUCCGCCCUCGAUUUCCUGAGGUUAGUCUACAAACCCCCCGCCCCGCUGGAUGCGGUUAUCACGCCGGAGAGUUUGCACAUGUAUGACCGUGCCUUCGGCGCUCUAUUGCGGUGUUUGAGGGUUCGGUUUGUGAUGGGGGAGUUGUUUCGUGCUUCCAAAACCUGGAAGGGGAGGAGCGGGAGGUGUGCGGCGAGGUUUAGGAACGAAGCGCAACAUGUUGUCAACGCGAUCUGCUCGCACUUCGAAUCUGGCGUUACGGCGGCGUGGGGGGUGAUGGAGGCGAAGAUGAGGGAGGUUGAGGAGUGUCUUCAGCCUGGUGGCGUUGGGCUCGCGGCUGGGGAGGGGGUGGAGGGACUACGUCGAUACCACGAACGCGUACUAGAGCGUAUGAUGGGUGUUCUCUUCCUUAGGGGUAGACAAUCAGUGGUGAGAGGCGUGUUGGAGGGGGUUCUUGGGUGUGUUUUGGGGUUUGGGGGGUGGGCUGCUGGUGCGAGCCGUGCUGGUGAUGAGGGGAAUGGGGUAGGAGACCUCUACAAACUCUUUAGGAGUAAAGUCAAGGUGUUCAUAGGCAUUUGUCGCGGGAUGGAAGAGAAGAGAGGAGUUUUGAGAGGAGAGGGGGGUGGAUAUGGAGAGGGAGGAGGAUUGUUUGACCUCGAGGAGGUGGGGAGGGAGGAUGUGGUGGGGGGGUUGCUGGGGAGGUUGGAGGGGUCGGGGUAUUAUAGUUAGGUUGGAGAUGUGUGGUGGGUGCGAGUCUGGAUCAUUAUCUGUGUGAAGACACAUCUUCACCCACCUCCACCUCCUUCCUAUCCACAAAGAAAGGAGACAAGUAGUAGUCAACACUACCCACAUGAUACACAUGGACAAUGCACUUCCCCCUCUGGCAAGCACGAUGCGUUUGGAAGACGGUGUCGCCUUUCUGUCCCACGUCACAAACAGC